AUUACACUUUACAGUUCCAGACAUAUGUAAUGAUGUGAUCACUUUUUAAACUCUGUCGAGAUAAUUAAAUAAACAUAUUUUGAUAAAUAAUAUAUAAAUAAAUUCUAUAAUACCAAAGUAAAAAAGCAAAAAAAAAAAAGAAUAUGUGCAAAAAGAAGAAAAAGUAAAUAUUACCAUCUAAAUAUAAAUUUGAAAGAAUAUAAAUUGAAAGUCGAUUCGAUUGGCAUCGACAUACCUCGUAUUUUCUUGAAAGUUUAGAAAAAUAAGUACUUGUAUAUCCAAAUUCCAAGCACACAGUAAACUUUAGCUUCCAAACUUGUUUCGUUUCACAGUUCUUCCCCUUUCUUUUGUAUUUUCUUUUCCAUUUCUAUUUUCUCUCUCCAAACACAGGACAAUACGUCAAAAUUGUUUUGAAGUAAAGGAAAGCUUUCCUUUUAGUCAUCGCUACUCUGUUAGAUCUCGAUCUUGUACUCUUUCCAUUCUCGGUCGUUUUUCUUCUAGCUCUAACAUUACGGUUUUCCAUUUUUACUUUUCUCUCACCUCUUACUUCAACCGAGAAUCAUAAUUGAGCUGAUUCAGAAGUUCUAUUUUUGGCAAGUUCCUUCUGACGGAGCCAGGUCUUGGACGGUUCUCACAUGUUUCUAAGAAUUUGUGUGUGAUUACAAAGGGAUGAGUCACACAAAAAAUGAGAGGGAAGAUGGAAUGCUCUCAAAGAAUCGGAAAGAAUUGCCGUUGAUUGAUGAUGGAAACUAUGGAGAUGCAGAUGGGGGAGCUCUUCUGAAGAAAGGACCAUGGACGUCUGCUGAAGAUGCAAUUUUGAUUGACUAUGUGAAGAAGCAUGGAGAAGGCAACUGGAAUGCUGUUCAGAAGCACUCUGGAUUGUUUCGUUGUGGAAAAAGUUGCCGCUUACGUUGGGCAAAUCACUUGAGGCCAAACUUGAAGAAAGGGGCAUUUACACGAGAAGAAGAGCAUCUGAUUAUUGAACUCCAUGCAAAGAUGGGAAAUAAAUGGGCUCGGAUGGCUGCAAACUUGCCUGGUCGCACAGAUAAUGAGAUAAAGAAUUAUUGGAAUACCCGGAUUAAGAGACGUCAACGUGCUGGAUUACCUCUGUAUCCUCCUGAAGUGUGCGUGCAAGCACUGAAGGAGAGCCAUCGUACCAGUGCAAUUAGUGGAGGGGAUAAAGGAACUCAUGACAUCUUGCAGAACAACACCUAUGAGAUACCUGAUGUCAUAUUUGACAGUUUAAAGGCCAAUCAGAAUGUCCUGCCUUAUGUCCCUGAACUUCCUGAUAUAUCUGCUAGCUGCAUGAUGAUGAAAGUUCUAGGUUCUUCCCAGUAUAGUAGUUUCAUACCACCAGCAAUUCAUCGCCAGAAGCGUCUUCGAGAAUCAGCUGCCUUUUCCCCUGGUUACACUGCUGCUGUUAAAAAUGACUGCCCCUUGUUUGAGCAGUUUGAAGACAAUAUGUUCGACAAGGCUGCUCAACCCUUUGGGCAGUCUUUUCCAUUUGAACCAGAUCCUUUAACUAAAAAAUCCCAGUCAUUUAGUGCAUUCCAAGGUAGCCAUGCCCUUUCCCAUGGCAAUUUCUCUGCUUCAGAGCCCACUUUGGAGGCUGUGAAGUUGGAGCUCCCUUCACUCCAAUAUCCUGAAACUGAAUUAGAAAACUGGGGCACGUUAUCUUGCUCCUCAUCUUUACUUGAGUCUAUUGAUGCUUUUAUCCAGUCACCACAAACAACCAGCGGAGUGGUCUUGGAUAGUCUUUCACCCCGUAAUAGUGGCCUGCUGGAUGCUUUACUCCAUGAGGCAAAAACUCUAAGCUCUGCAAAGAACCAUGCAUCUGACAAGUCUUCAAAUUCAUCAACUCCCUGUGAUAUAGCAGAAAGGUCCAAUUUCAACACUUGCGAGACAGAAUGGGAAAAUUAUGGUGAGACUCUUUCUCCUAUGUGUCAUUCAGCAACUUCUUUCUUCAGUGAAAGUAUCAGUGCAAGUGGCAGUUCAUUGGAUGAACAACCACCUGCUGAAACCUUUACUGAGCCUCAUACAAAAUCAGAAUCAUCGGAUCAUGUUUUGGCCCCAGAGGUGGAAAAAGAGGCUCCUAUUUGGUCAGACGGUAGAUGCCCUGAUACUUUGUUUGCUUCAAAUUGGCUCGAGCAGGGUUCUGGUUAUGAUAAGGACCAGACAAUCAUGAUUGAUGCCAUAGCAACCCUUCUCGGUGAUGAUCUGAGUAGUGAGUACAGGAGCAUGUUAGCCGGAACAUCAGUUUCAAGUCAAGCGUGGGAACCCAGCUGGUGUGCAUGGAAUAACAUGCCUGCUGUGUGUCAGAUGACUGAACUUCCUUGAGAUCUGGGACCUCAAUUUUAUGAACUUCUCUGAACCUUUUUGUAUCAUUCAUUCCAUGAUUUGUGUUUGAUGCGAAUAGAACCUGAUAUACUGAAGGUCAUUUCAGGUGAGACUAUGAGACGAGUGUUUGGUUUGUUUUUCUUAACUGUUGGACGCAUGUAUGCAGAUAUAGAACUAAAAGGUAAAAUAAAUGCGUUCUAGGCUGUUAUAAUAUUAGAAUAA